GACAAAGAGACGAGAUGUUGUUAGCAGGGAGAUCCCAUUACUGAGGGCGCAUGUUGUAACAUGGUCGAAACAAAAGCGUGAGAAGCGAUAGGCCUGCCAUCCAAAAAAAUCAAAAAAUCCAAUCUGGUUAUUCGCAGUAACUUUUAGUGGAUUUAUAGGCUACUCGCGCGGGAAAUGGAGAAGAAAAGGUGGGAUUGCACUGCUCUCCCCAAGGGCUGGAAAAUGGAAGAAGUGACCAGAAAGUCGGGUUUGUCAGCUGGAAAAAGCGAUGUCUAUUAUUUUAGUCCAUCUGGGAAGAAGUUUCGGAGCAAGCCUCAGCUGGCCCGCUACCUUGGCAACCAGAUGGACCUAAGCUCCUUUGAUUUCCGGACGGGGAAGAUGCUGAUGAGCAAGCUGAACAAGAACCGCCAGAGACUGCGCUAUGAUAACAACAACCAGAACAAGGGCAAACCUGACUUGAACACGUCACUCCCAGUCAGACAGACAGCCUCCAUCUUUAAGCAGCCUGUUACCAAGGUGACCAACCACCCAAACAACAAAGUGAAGACGGAUCCUCAGAAAGCCGUCGACCAGCCCCGACAGCUAUUCUGGGAGAAGAAACUUAGUGGUCUUAAUGCUUAUGACAUUGCAGAGGAGCUGGUGAAAACAAUGGAACUGCCUAAAGGCCUGCAAGGUGUUGGUCCAGGCUGCACAGACAAGACUCUGCUGUCGGCUAUUGCGAGUGCGCUGCACACCAGCGCUGCUCCUAUCACCGGUCAGCUGUCUGCGGCUGUGGAGAAAAACCCGGGAGUUUGGCUCAACACAGCGCAGCCGCUGUGCAAGGCCUUCAUAGUCACUGAUGAGGACAUCAGGAAACAGGAGGAGCUGGUGUACAGUGUGAGGAAAAGGCUGGAGGAGGCACUAAUGGCUGAUAUGUUGGCCCAUGUGGAGGAGGCUGCCAAUGAAGGAGAGGCUCUGAAGGAGGAGGGCAACAGCAGCGAGGAUAUGGAGAGCGUAUAGCACAGGGUUUUGUGAAGUCCGGAUGGGUUUGUUCAACGCCUGCACACACACACGACCGUGAACAGUAGGGACCCCUACAGCAGUCCAGCCCUGAUGAACUGUAUCCUAGUAUCUGCUUCCAACUUAAACCUUAACCUGACUCACACCGGUCCCGUACAAUGUAAAGAUCCAUCUUCCCCUUGGGAACACUUUUGAGUCUCAAAUGCGUCUUUUCAUCAUUAACUCCACUGGAUGGGGCUCCUUGACUUCAACACCAGUUAAAUUACUGUGUAUUUCUGAGCUCUGUAGAUAUUUUGGACUAGGCCAUUUUAAAAUAUUUAAAAAAACAAAACAAAUGACAUCAAAUGAACUUGCAAAUAUUAAAGAUAACUUACAGUUACCUACAGUUUGUCAAAUUCAGUCUUCGAUGAUAAGUGUAUUUUUUACUAAAAGGCUUUGAAUGGGUUUGUAUUUUUUGCGACAAUCAUGUCAAAUCCAAACAUUUUAUGUCAGCAAAAAGUCAAUAUGGGUGCUUUUUUGUUUUUGGGCAGAUUGGAAAUGAAUGUUUUGUAUUUUUGACAUGUCUCUUUCUUGAAUUUUAUGAUGCACUCCAUGAGUAGUUUUACACAAAUCACACGGACUGUUUUUCUUUCUAGUGGAGCCAGUUCAGAUGCAACUAUACCAAGUUGAGCCCAUUGGUGCCAGUCUGCAGGCGGCUGAUGUUGCUAAUGCAGACAGUGUAGUUCUGAAUGCUGUGUAUAUCCAUUGGAGAGGACAGGGUCAAGUUUUUCUUGCUGUAAUUUCAAGGAAAUAUUUUCUUUAAUGUCGGCUGUGUUAUUCUGCGAGUCAUGUUCUGUGUUGACCAAAGAGGAGACAUGUCAUUUUUGAAGAGGACGUAGAUUUGACUUGCAUAUUACUAAAGUCCGCUUCGUGACUAUAUUGGCUCUGCUGAUGUACAACUAAACAUAAGGAAAGCAAAAGGUACACAUGAUGGGGCUGAGCACAAUGGAAAAGAAAUGACUUGAUGAAACCUCUUUCUAUUGUACAAAUAUAACUGUUUUUAACUCUCAUCAUCAUCAAUAGGUGCUUACAGAUGUUGUGAAACAUUGCUGUUAAUGCCAAGGUGUUGUUUCUGUCACAGCUUCAGUCCAUUUUUGGGUUUUUGGGGGUUUUUUUGUGUCAAUGUUACCACACACACGCUGCCUCCUUGUAAACCCACGCACAAAAUUGGUGACAGCAAAUUACAGUCAAGGUUGCAUUUUAAUGUGUUUUCAUUUAUUAUCUGAGGAAUAAUAAUUCUGUAUUUUUUAUCCCUGUUUGUCAAGGUUUGAUAGUGAAUAAUAUAUCCAGCUGAAAUCAUGAAAUUUCCUUCUCAAUAUCAGCAGGCUGAUUGCUGAAAUGAAUUUGAUUGUAUUGCUUAUUAAAAUGAAUCUGUAUGUCAUUAA